UGUAUUGUGUAACAAAGAAAAAAAGCAAAAGAAAAAGUAAUGCAGAGAAUUGACUACUACUCCAUCUAGGUUUCUCUCUCCUCUUUCUUUUAAUUCCAAUCUCCCUCUUCACAGCUCACACAAUCACACUCACAUUCUAGUUCUCUCCGUUGAGUAUAACACUUCCCACUCCCAAACACACAGUGAAUUAUCACACACAUUGUGCAAAUGCAAUGUUGGCGGCGUAGGUUACUAACAUGAGCGGAGGGUGCACAGCAUUAACCACUUCCUCCAUAUGAAUACCACUUCUGCAGACCCAACUGCGCCUCCACCUCCGCCGCCGCCGCAGCAGCAACCGCCACGGUCAUCCUUCAGCUGCGAUCGCCACCCCGUCGAGCAAUUCACUGGAUUCUGCCCAUCCUGCCUCUGCGAGCGCCUCACCACCCUCGACAGCUCCUCCUCCAACACCCCUUCCUCCUCUCGCCGCCCCUCUUCCGCCGCCGCCGCCGCAAUCAAAUCCCUCUUCUCAUCCACUUCCAAGCCCAAGCCCUUAAAACCCGCCACCUUCCUCCCCGAACUCCGCCGCUCCAAAUCAUUCUCCUCAUCCAAGAAUGAAGCUUUAGGGCUAUCAAUCGAGCCCCAGAGAAAAUCCUGCGACGUUAGAGCCAGAAGCUCUCUUUCCACGCUCUUCUCGCUCCACGAACCCACCAACAACCCAAUUCCUUCUUUUUCAUCCAAUCAAAGCCAUCAAUUUACCAAAAAAAUCGAAUCUUGCGUAGUCGGAGAGGUCGAAAAUGGGGAAAGUUUCAGAGAUCCUCGAAAUGUAGAGGAGGGAAGAAGUAUCGCAUUCGUGGACGACGAAGGAGAUGAAAUUAGGCCUGUUCAAGAUUCCCAUUUGGAGGGUUUGAGAAAAUCGGUGGAGUUAAGCUUAACCAGCGGCGAAAUCGUGGAGGAAGUGUUUAGUUUGAGUACGAUGAAGGAUCACAUAAAUCUCAAUUCUCAGGAAAAGAAGAGCUCAGGAGGGAAAAUCUGGGCCGCUGCUUCUGUUUUCAGCAAGAAAUGGAAUAACUGGAGAAGGAAACACAAGGUCAAGAAACAGAGCAAUGGCGAAAACUUUGCUACAUUGCCUGUCGAAAAGCCGAUUUCGAGGCAGUUUAGGGAGACUCAGUCUGAGGUUGCUGAUUAUGGAUUCGGGAGGAGAUCUUGCGACACCGAUCCUAGAUUCUCUCUUGAUGCCGGGAGGAUGAGCUUUGACGAUGCACGAUACUCGUUUGAGGAGCCUCGUGCAUCUUGGGAUGGCCAUCUCAUCGGGAGGAGUUUCCCGAGAAUGGCGCCUAUGGUCUCUGUGAUGGAGGAUGCACGCCCUGAUAUGCAGAUUCCGGUGGAGGAGCUGACUAAGAAGUGUGGUGGUGGUGAUGAUGAAGGUGUGCCCGGGGGGUCAUCGCAGACGAGGGAGUACUAUCUAGAUUCUUCCUCCUCGAGGGGGAGGAAGAGUAUUGAUCGGUCUAGUUCGAUUAGGAAGGGUGUUGUUGCUGAGAUUGAUGAGCAUAAAAUGGCUUAUAAUGCCAAGGUUUCACCUGCCACUGCUGAUUCCUUCCAUGUGGCGAAGGUGUUGGUGGAUUCGAACUCAAACUCAAACUUGAUGAGAGAUGAUCUGUCGGAGACGUUUGAGCUGAGCAGUGGAUUGAGGGAUAUCAACUCUGUGGUUGGGGCGAAGGAGACGACGAACAAGUCUAGGAGGUGGAGUUGGAGGAUAUGGAGGUUUAUGCAGGGACGGAGCGGUGGGAACAAGGACGGGGAUGAGGAGGAGGAUGCCAAGUACACUAGGGUUAACGGGGUGGAGAGGUCGCUCUCUGAGUCUUGGCAGGAGACGAGGGGAGGCGGAUUCAACGGGAAUAUGUAUAGAAGCAAUAGUAGUGUGAGCUGGAGAAACGGUGGAGCUCCUCCAUUUGCUAGUGGGAGGAAAUCGAGCGUGGAGAUGUAUGGGAACGGGAAGAAGAGGAAGGAGUUGGUGUUGGAGAAGAAUCGGAGUGGGAGAUAUUCGCCCCAAAACGCUGACAACGGGCUCCUCCGGUUUUACUUGACGCCUAUGAGGGGCAGCCGGAGAGGGGGGACGGGAAAGAUCAAGCCGGCAAACUCACAGCCGAUUGCAAGAAGUGUGCUGCGCCUCUACUGAGAUGCUUUUCUUUCAUUCUUCAAGGCAAUUUGCAAUUUGUUGUGUGAUGAUCACAUAAGCCAACCCUACAUGAGUUGUUUCAAUAAUGACUACUCUUGUUUGCCAUUGUGGAAACAGAUCUUGCCUACAUAUAAUUGUCAUUUGAGAUCAUAUAUAUGGAUACUAAUUUAGUUCCUAA